CCCGACGCCACGGCGAUAGGAUAAGAUCUACGAUACUACUAUUCACGACAGCUUGUCCAUACCUACAUAUUAAACGUCAUUGGACAGUAAGAAAGGGUCUUGGAUCAUUCAAAACGUAGCGACGCCUACACGAACCCCUCAAAGUCCAAUUCCGCAUUUCGCAUGCUAAUUUCUAGGGCAUAACCUUGCCGUAUUGUAUCUUCGAGAUCUUCGAGUGCGCGACAACGAUAUCGAGUCCUAAACCCCCUUCCAUAAAUCUAGUGGCGCCUUCGUAGGCGACGAUGAGUCGGGAUGAACACGAAAAUAAUACAAUGGAACAAGAACUUGCGCCCGAGUCGAAUAGCUCGGGUCCCCAGCCUCAUCAAAGCGCGAUAGGAAGCGCCGCAGCAAAUGUCAAUGCUCAGUCGCCCAAUACCCAAUACCGAAGCCGGCCAGUAACAGUGGCUGUUGACCCCGUGUCUCUAGUCAUCUCAGAAUGCAUAUCGGUUACUUCUGCUAUGCGAAAGCAUGCUCGGUGGGCGGGCUCGUCGGUAUCUUCCAUACUUGGAGGUAAUCCGAAUCCCGUCCAGCUAGGUCCGCCUAGUCCUUUCCUACGGCCGGGUAGUAAGAGCUCUACAGCUAGCUUCGGAGCAGACAGCACUCAGGACUUUGGAGUCGCAAAUAGGUGGGGACUACGCGGAAAGAAGGGGAAGAGCUUCCAGGACAAUCCUUUGAUGGCUGGGUUUGGUCGCCUGCGUCAUGAACUAUCAAGCUGCAAAGAUAUACACGAGUUCGAUGCCCCGGCACUCCUAAAUCCAUUCCUUCAAGUGAUUCAAGCUUCCUCGACGUCCGCUCCUAUAACUAUACUUGCGCUGAAAGCGAUCCGGAAAUUCCUCUCUUAUGGAUUCAUCAGCCCUGGCUCGCCACGAUUCCCCCUUGCCAUGCAAUCUCUGUCGACAGCGAUAACACACUGUCGUUUCGAGGCCAGCGAUUCUGCUCAGGAUGAGGUGGUACUGCUUAUGAUCCUACACCUCAUGGAGGAUAUGCUCUCUGGUCCGGGUGGCGCGUUGCUAAGCGACGAAAGCGUCUGCGAAAUGAUGGAGACAGGUUUAACUAUGUGCUGCCAGUCACGUUUAUCCGAACUCCUCCGUAGGACGGCUGAAGCGGCUAUGGUCCGUAUGUGCCAGAUCAUAUUUGAGCAUCUCAAACAUCUGGAAGUCGAAGCCGGUGACGACUUGGAGGCUUUAGAUAACCAAACCAACGGAGAUAUGGAAGGCGUUAAAAUGAUUCCAUCCACCAAUGGAAACGAUGUUAUCGCAUCUUCUGAUGCACCUCCAGCUAAUGAGCCACGAGAAUCAUCAGGAUCGGAGAACACCGGCCAGGAAGCGGAGGACGGAUCCAGAAGAGAAUCCGAGGAAUCCGACGACGAUACGGAAAUCAAGCCAUAUUCAUUGCCGUCUAUGAAAGAACUAUUUAGGGUUCUCGUAGAUCUCUUAGAUCCCCACGAUAAGCAGCAAGGUGAUACGAUGAGGGUCAUGGCGUUACGCAUCAUUCACGUUGCAUUGGAGGUUGCUGGUCCUUCUAUAGCAAGACACCCGGCUCUAGCCCUGGUUGCCGAAGACCGUUUAUGCCGACAUCUUUUCCAGCUCGUUCGAUCUGACAACAUGGCCAUUCUCCAAGAAUCACUUAUCGUAGCUGGAACGUUGCUCGAAACCUGCAGAGGUGUCUUGAAGCUCCAACAGGAGCUUUUCUUAUCCUACCUCAUCGCAUGUUUGCACCCACCAGUAGAAAUACCACGUGAGGCUAACAUUGACCCUUCGCUUUACGAUGGUAUCCCGCAGAGGCCGAGCGGUGUAAAGCCUCCCCCAUCCCAAGCGGGUAGUGGGAGGUCCACACCAGUUCCGGUUAAGGACCGGCAGAAGCUGGGCAUGGAAGGUGGUGCACGCAAACCGGAUGCUCGUCAAGCAAUGGUCGAAAGUGUCGGCGCUCUGACCCGAAUGCCGGCUUUCUUAGUCGAGCUAUUUGUGAAUUACGAUUCAGAUGCGAAUCGAGGCAACUUGUGUGAAGAUAUGAUCGGUUUGCUUUCAAGAAGCGCUCUACCCGACUCCGCGACUUGGAGCACGACUAGCGUUCCUCCUCUGUGUUUAGAUGCUCUCCUUGGUUUCGUCCAAUCCAUAGCAGAGCGUCUAGAUAACGAACCGGUUUCGGAUGGAUUGCCCGAUCAAGCCACAUUGCGAGAUGCAAGGCGAAGGAAGAAGAUAAUUGUCAAGGGCGCGACUAAAUUUAAUGAGAAACCGAAAGAAGGGCUAGGGUAUCUUAAGGAACAGGGAAUUAUCGGUGAUGACGCUGCGUCAGCCGCCAAGUUUCUCAGAAGUACAUCACGCAUUUCCAAGGCCGUUCUUGGUGAGUUCCUCGCGAAAAGGGGCAAUGACGAGUACUUGGAGGCAUUUUUGGAUCUAUUUGACUUUUCUGGCAAGCGGGUCGACGAAGCAGUCCGGCUUCUUCUCGAGAGCUUCCGGCUUCCAGGCGAGUCGCCGCUUAUCGAGCGCAUAGUGACUGCCUUCGCGAAGAAGUAUUUCGCAUCUUCGGGCUCAGAUAUCGUCAAGAGUGAAGAUGCUGUUUUCAUCCUUACGUACGCGAUUAUCAUGCUGAAUGUCGAUCAACACAGCCCAAAGCUCAAAGGCAAACAGCGCAUGGAACUAGUGGACUUCGCUCGCAACCUACGAGGUGUCAAUGCUUUAGAAGAUUUCCCUCCUGAAUUCCUCGAAGCUACUUUCGAGGCAAUCAAGACCAAUGAGAUUAUUCUCCCCGAUGAGCAUGAUAAUAGACACGCGUUCGAUUACGCAUGGCGAGAGCUUCUGCUCAAGACUGAGUCGGCAGGGCCGUUGGCGCUCUGCGAUACCAAUAUCUACGACGCCGAUAUGUUUGCUGCUACCUGGAAGCCCAUCGUCUCGACAUUGUCUUAUGUGUUCAUGUCGGCAACAGACGAUGCGGUCUUUUCCCGAGUCGUCACUGGAUUCGACCAGUGUGCUCAGAUUGCUUCGAGAUAUGGCAUCGCGGAUGCACUCGAUCGUAUUAUCCAGAACCUCAGCUACAUGACUACAUUAGAUACAGAUGACCUGUCGGACACUGCUCUCAACACGGAAGUCAAGGUAUCGGAUGAUAGUGACAGCGUUAUGGUUAGCGGACUCGCCGUUAAGCUCGGCAGAGACUUCAAAGCGCAACUCGCUACUCUCGUCCUUUUCCGUGUUGUGAAGGGUAGUGAACAAGUCAUCCGCCAUGGCUGGGAACAUAUCAUACGUAUCUGGCUGAAAUUAUUCGUCAACUCCCUUAUCCCCUCAUUCUUUAAUGGCGAUGAGACGUUGAACUUCCCCAAAAUUCCUCUCCGCACGCCAUCUCAAGUCAUCGACCGAGCAGCGAAAACUACCGACACGGGCUUAUUUUCAGCACUAUCUUCGUAUAUCUCUAGCUAUGCGGCCGAUGACCCACCGGAACCAUCAUCCGAGGAGGUGGAGAGUUCCUUAAGCACAGCUGACUGCAUCAAAGCUUGCGAUCUAGAAAGCAUAUUUUCCAACAUUUCGGCUCUGCCACCUAAAUCAUUGGCUCCACUCGUUGAAGCUUUAUUGAAUGAAUUACCUGACGAUGAAAGCUCAGCUGUUCCUGUCAUCACAGUUAAGCAGGAGAGCUUGCCUUCCUCUCCAUCUACUUCCAAACCAUCGCCCAGGGAACCAACCUAUGACCCUGCAGUGGUAUAUAUCCUUGAGUUUUGCUCUAUUCUCGCAUUGAGGGACGAUGAAACGAUUGGACUGCUCGGCAAACCAGUCGCAGAAGCUCUUCAGAUGAUUUUGCGCGAUUCUCCCCAACACCACCCCAUUCUUGUUUCACGAGCCGCUUUCUACCAAUUUAGCGUGCUAAAGGCUAGUUAUGAUCAUGAUUUUGUACGGGCACCUGUGCUUUUGCAUGCCAUAUCGAGCUUCCCGCUGGAAACGCUUUCAAAGACAUCACAGUUGGUUUUGCAAGGGUUGAAACUUUGUAUCGAACAACCAGGCCCUCUACGGAGCGAAAUUAUGACUUCGCCUGACUUCUGGGUUAUCUUACGCAUCCUUGCGGGCAGCCCCAAGGCGUCUCCAACCGUCUUUGAGAUACUGGAGGGAGGCGUAUCGGGCUCGCCGUCCGCAAUAAUUGCGGAUAACUACGAAGCUGCUAUUGCCUUGCUCAAUGAGUACGCUACUGCCGCUAAAGUCGGCGCAGCUGUCGAGCAGAAGGGUGAGAGAAGGCAGAGAAAUGCUCGGCCCCCUAAGAAGGAGGCCAGCGAUAACGCUGUCGUCUCACGGGGUGUUAAAGCUAUCAAUCUUAUUUCUAGCAUGACAUCCCGUAUCCCUCAUUUGAUGAAACAGUCACACCUUGAAAAUAGCGAGGCUUGGUCAGCAUACUGGCUACCUAUUUUCCAAGCUCUAACCUCACAGUGCACCAACCCGUGCCGCGAAGUGCGAUCCUUGGCAUUCUCGUCUCUUCAGAGGUCACUCCUAUCUCCCGAGUUAACAUGCAGUGACCACAAAGAAUGGACCGCUAUUUUCGGGGAGGUCUUGUUCCCGCUAAUCUUGAGACUUCUGAAGCCAGAAGUCUACUCCUCAGAUCGGGAUGGCAUGAGUGAAACGAGAGUACAAGCAGCCUCGCUUCUCUGCAAGACAUUCCUGCAAUACCUUGUACUUCUCUCUAAGUGGGAUGGCAUGUUGGAUCUGUGGCUCAAAAUCAUCGACAUCAUGGACAGGCUGAUGAAUAGUGGGCAGGGCGACAGUCUUGAGGAGGCUGUCCCUGAAAAUCUGAAAAACGUACUACUAUUUAUGUCCAGUAGUGGAUACCUCGUUCCGCCAAGCAAGAACCCAUCCCAGGAGAACUUAUGGGUAGAAACGUGGAAGCGAAUUGACCGUUUCCUGCCUGAUUUACGCACCGAAUUAGCAUUAGAGGAGCCGGAAGCCGCACAGGAGGAGCAACAACCACAAGCCGAAGAGCCGGUCGAGCAGCAGGUAGAAGAGAAGGGUAAUAGCCAGGAGGAGGAAGUUGCAGCAACUUAAGAACCAGGAAGAAAAUACGGUGUGUUCGUAUUCAUUGUGGAUGAGAGCUAUAAGCUAUAGACAGCAGGUCCAGUGCAAAGUUAGAGGAGAUGGGCUGCCCCCAGUGUUAUGUGUUGUAUAAUAGAGCGAGUUGAAAAGGGGCAGACCCUGAAGUGGAAAAUACCUAUAUACCUUAUUCUAUAAUAAAAUGGUGACGACACGACAUACGCCCUGGAAAUAAGACUAGGUGAAAUCCUACAAGGAAUACACCCACCUGUAGUCGACUGAAUGUAUGUCUGCUUAUCAAGGGGUACCCUUUUAU